AUGGCCCAAACUAAACAGUUGGCAGCAGAAGCACUUAAUAAAGAAGUGAAUCUAUCGGCAGUUGAACGACAAACAGAGGCCUCACAUAAGGGCGGGACUAUUUGGGAAGCUAUACGCAAAGCGGAUCAGGCAGCACUCGAACAUCUUCUCGAUGCCGAUCAUAAUGGUAUUUAUGCAAGAGGUCCCGUUGGUGAUUGUCCCAUUCAUAUGUUAUUCUUAUAUGGAACUGGAGCUCAUCUCAACAUGGCUCGAUAUCUCAUCACACGUUUUCCAGAGACCGUCGUACAGAUCUACAAUCAGCCAGAAUAUUAUGGCGAGAUUGCUCUUCAUAUUGCUAUUGUCAAUCGUAAUGCAUCCAUAGUCGAAUGGCUGCUUAGUGAUGAACACAUUCGACCCUAUCGAGAACAACAAUUGGCAGCUGCCGCCAAUGGUCACUUUUUCCAAUUUGGCCGUCCAUGUUACUAUGGUGAAACUCCUCUUGCAUUUGCUUGCUGUACUAAUCAAUGGAAUAUUGCCGAAAUUCUACUCAAAUACGGCGCCUCUAUGGAUAUGGUUGACAGUAAUGGGAAUACAAUAUUACACUUACUUGUCAUUCAUAAUCUACCUCAAAUUUAUAUUAAAUUCAAGGAACAUUGGUUGGAAGUACAAGCAACAGCGAUUAGCAAAUCUAGUAAUGUAGAUAACGAUAAAGUCGCAUCCACGAAGAAAAAAGAGAUUCCCUUAUGGAAACGUCUCAAUAAAGAUGGUUUCACUCCAUUUACAUUAGCAGCUAAAUUAGGUCUAACUGAUAUGUUCUCUUUUUUACUUGACGAACGUAAAAUUGUUCAAUGGCGUUAUGGGCCUGUCUGGUGUGUACUCUAUCCACUUGAUGAACUGGAACUUGGAUUUCAACAAGAAGGCAGGGAUACAUCACCUGGAGCUCUUGAAUUGAUCGUACAAAAUGCUCAAGCUGAACUUAUUAUGCAUCCACGUAUUAUCGAUUUAGUAGAUCGAAAAUGGGAGUGCUUUGCUCGACGUCUUUUUUUUCGACGUUUUCUUGUCACUCUCGUCUAUCUAUUCAUUUUUAUUAUUACUACAAUUCUCAGUCAGACACGAA